AGCUUAUUUCUUCAUGAGUGCCAGUAAUAGACGACAUGUCUCUAUCGAAAGCAUCUAUACUGAGAAGGCUGUUAGUCCUUGGUAUUCUACAAACCACCUGCCGGAUCGUUACCGCUGAUGAUAAGACUGAAGGAGCGGUGUGUAUUCCAUUACCUAAAAAGUAUGGUGACAUGGCCAUUUGUUUUGACUCUGACUCGAUGAGUGAAUCUGGGACUGUAGAAACUUCCACGGGCAAUGAAUCUCAUAGGGGAGAUCAUCCAGUGUAUUUCAAACUCAUCAAUACUGAUGAUUCUCAAACAGCUGACAAAAGGGGGUUCGAUUCAAUAGCGUAUGGGUCUUCCCUUAAUCGGUUUAACAAGAAAAGAUCGUUUGAUUCCAUAGGCUACAAAGGAAAUUCAUUCCAUCGCUUCAGAAAAAGGUUCCCUUUUGAUUCCAUAGCCUAUCAAGCUGGACGGUUUGGUAAAUUUAAUGCUAAAAGGAUUCCAUAUAUGUACAAUAACUAUCGAUACGGAACACACGGCUUGUUUGCUAAGAAGAAGACUUUUGAUUCCAUCGCACACGACACAGGGUCCUUCGGAGGUUUCUCUAAAAGGACCCUGGAUUCCAUAUAUAAUCAACAAGGUGGGUUCGGGGGAUUUUCAAAGAAGUCUUUCGAUUCCAUCGCACAUGGUGCCGGCCACUUUGGGCGUUUCUCUAAACGAUCCGUAGAUUCUACCAUUGUCAAUCAUGAAAAGCAAUUAUCAAGGGCAAAAAGAUCGUUUGACUCCAUUGCACAUUCAGGAAAGUUUGGAAUAUUCUCAAAGCGCAGACCAUUUGACUCUGUGGGCCAUGUUUCGGGUUACUUUGGGGGAUUUUCUAAGAGAUACGGCAUGGAUUCCAUUGCCCAUGGGUCUGCCAGAUUUGGAGGAUUUGCAAAACGGCGUUUUGAUUCUAUUGCUAAUAAAGCGGGGUCGUUUUCUCGUUUUACAAAGAAAAAAACUGACGAAAAUUCAAAAAGGACAUAAAGUCAUAGGACUUGAUUGAAAAAAGCUGAAGUUCUUGGUGAAUUUUUGUGGACAGGGGAUCAUUAUUUAAUGUAAAAAUUCAGAAACAUCAUCUAGUGUAGAUUUCAUCUGGUCAAUUUUAAUCGUCAUCAAGUUCUUGUCUUAUUUUAAUACAUGUAGAUGCAUUUCAUAUCCUUUCAAUUUUAGAGUUUAAAAUUCAAUAUGUCAUACAUGUACUAAUAGAUAAAACAUUUUAUCAAAUCUGA